AUGACUGUGUCAGAACGUUCGGGAUCUUCUCUUGUCGAACCGAUCAUUUCCUUGGGAUCUGAUGUCUCUUGUCAAUUGCAGAUAGAAUGGACUGCCAUCCCUCUGGGUGGAAUCGACUCUACUUGGUCUAUGAUUCUUAACUCUGCUCUUGAAGUCUGGCAUCAUCAAGUGGUAUGUUCUGCGUUGGAAAAGUAUGAUAUUCAUUCUUUUAUACUUCAAAUGAUAGAUUGUAUUAAAAGUUUACGUUUAUUGGCAGAAUUUUUUGAAAAUGAACUUGUUGAAUUAUUACCAUCAGAUUAUCAGUACAAUCAUCAUUCAACCGGAAACAAACGUAUCAUAAGGUAUCUAUUCAAUGGUAUAGAGCUAUCGGGUGCAAUCAACAAAAAGCAUCAUGACUUGGUUGACUAUCUCGUGCAGGAGAGAGAAUAUGUCAUCGAUUUCGAUAGUGCAAUAAGUGCAGCUGUCACUGCUUUGGAUUUCAACCUACUGAAAUUCCUUAAAGUCGACGACAAUGAAUUGAUGCAGCAGCAUGGUAGUACUCUUGUGGAGACAGCAAUUCUCAAUGACCAAGUCGAUACACUCAGAUAUUUGUUUGAAGAUCUAAAGAUUCCAAAGGCACCGGAACUAGCAAACCUUGCAUUGAUUUACUAUUGUACAAAUGCCAUUGACAAAGCUGCAGAAAAUAGCUUGGAAAUAGUCAAGUUUCUCAAUGAGAAUAGAAGUGAAGGAUGCACUGUAGAAUCGCUAUACAAUGCUAUUAAAGCUGGUAAAUUCGAGAUUGUCCGUUACUUGGUGGAACAUUGUAAUAUGUCGAUGGAGUAUAAUGAACAGAUCUUAAUCUAUGCUAUUAACUAUAGGAAUAUAGAGUUUAUGCGUUAUCUCUUUGAGAGAGCAACUCGCCAACCGAUUUGCCAAUGUUUCUCAUCGAUUACUUGGUCUUGUCCUACACAUGCAAGACUACAGGUUUGCUCAGGAGAUGAUAGAGUAUCUAUGGAGUCUGUAUGGACAGCAAUGGCUUGUGUAGAAGAUAUCGCUUACUACCUCACUAAACAACCGAAUCAAGAGAGUUUUGAAGAUAUCUAUACUACAGUUGCAAGCUUUGCUAGAUUCGAUUUGAUAGAGUAUCUAUACACUCAGAACAUUGGAGAUAUUCAACACACCGAUUGUCCUGCACUUCAAGCUUGUAUAGAAAAGAGCAUCUCCAGUAAUAGAUUAGAUGUUUUCAAUUUACUUUGUGGUGCAGACUAUGCCAAGAAAUAUUUACAAAAAUCAACAUUCGAAGCAGUGAAAAGCAAUCAAGUCGAUGUGUUAAAGUAUCUUUUCGAAUCACAACAGAAUGGAACCGAUUAUAACAUGUACUUUAUGCAGGCUUCUAGAGAUGAAGAAUCAAUAUAUAGAGAUCAGAUAAGAUCACUAUGGGAUAUAGAUAGAUCAGAAGUAAUUAAAUCAAUAUAUAAAGUUAGUAAAGAUGAUGCUGGAAGUAAAGUUUUAGUGGAAUGUCCAAAGUAUCAAGUUUACAAUGGAUUUCCUCCUGGUGAGCCAGAAAAGUAUAAUCCUGUGUUGGAAGAUUGUUUCGAUCGCGGUGGUUAUUUCUGUGUAAUACGAGAUCCCGUUUCAAAUAGAGUUUUGGGUGCUGCUGUUCUGGAUACCAAGAAAAUCGGUGUAGAUAAUGACAUCUUGACUUUGGUGUUCUUUUUCAUUGGUGUGGAACUACGUGGAAAAGGCUUUGGCAAGUCACUGUGGCGACAAUGUAUUGAGCGAGCAAAACAAAUCGAUGGUGUCAAUGGUUUAUAUAUCUCUGCAAUUCCAGGCAAAAAUACAGUCGACUUUUAUAUAGCUCAAGGUUGCAAACUAGUUGAUACCCUCGAUCAAGAGUUAUAUGAUAGAGAACCAGAGGAUGUACAUUUAAUUUUAAAAUUCUAA